CUCGGUCCCUCAGAUCUCAGACUUAUUUCAUCGAUAACUUGUGCACUGCCACCGCCCAGUAUAGGUCACUCUACCAGUACUCACUAAUUGGGAGCGCUUUUCGCUAAUCAUCAUUAUGAAACCUGACAGUCAUGUCGACACCCCCGUUUCUGGGAAGAAUAUCGCUCAAACUUUUGUUACAUCCAAAGUGACACGGUGCCUAUUAGAGUGGAGGCUUUUCUUCAGUCUUGCCAUUUGUGCAACCAUCUUCUACUUGCAGUUUCUUGCUAAUGCCAACCCCGAAUCCUAUUCAGUUGGCUACGACCGCUGGACAGGCUUAGCAAACCAUUGUUCCGAUGCGCAACCCAUAAAUGGUUCAGAAAUUCUCCAACGCCAGGAGAACUUGGCAAAGAUAUUGUAUGACAAUGGCGCAUCAGCAUACAUUGCAGAGCCUGGCGCAAAUGCGCAGUACUUUGGUAACAUCUCCGAGGCGACAUGGCAUCUUUCGGAGAGACCACUGUUACUUAUAAUAUUUCCCAUACUCGAGGAGGCCAACAUUGUAGCCAAGGUCACUGUCAUUACACCAGCAUUCGAGGAAACGCGCGCCAGACGUUUGUCAGUACCUGGAAUUGAAGUUUCGUAUGUCUCUUGGGCAGAAGACGAAGACCCAUACACCGUCGCGCUGCACGCGCUUUCCGCCCUUGAACUUGAAGGGCCCAUCUAUGUUGACGGCAUGAUGAGAUAUUUUAUUGUCGACGGUCUCCAGAAGGCCGCCCCCGGCGUCCGCAUCAUGUCUGCCCCACCCGAAGUCACCCAACUCAGGGCGCGCAAAUCUCAAGCAGAGCUGGACCUUCUGAGAUGUGCGAACGAGGUCACGCUUCUUUGUAUCCGGGCCGUGCAAGCCCAGAUGUACAUCGGGAUACGGGAAUCACAAGUUCGAGCGAUGAUAGACGAGGCGCUCGCUGCUGCUGGUCUCACGGAAAGAUGGGCCUUAGUGCUUUUUGGCGAGAACGCUGCUCUCCCGCAUGGAAGCGGGAGCGACCGCACACUGGACAAAGCGGACUUCAUUCUCAUAGAUGCUGGUGGCCGGUUGUUUGAAUACAACAGCGACGUCACACGAACAUUCGUGCUGCACGAUAGCUCCAUCCCACUGGAACAUACUACGAUCUGGUAUGAUGUACAUGUUGCCCAAACCUUGGCGCACGCAGCGGCUCGGGAGGGGGCGAAUACAUCUGCCGUAGACAAGGCAGCGCGUGAUUGGCUUGACGGGCGUGGGUACAAAGGGUACUUCACUCAUAGACUGGGUCACGGAAUUGGGCUUGAAGAUCACGAAGCUCCAUACCUCCGCGGAGGAACCGACGACACCAUUCGAACGGGGAACGCCUUCUCGAACGAACCAGGCAUAUACAUUGAAGGCAAGGUCGGUAUUCGCCUUGAAGACUGCUUCUACAUCAACGGAGACGGAAAUUCUGUAUUUUUGACGAAGGGGGUUGGGGGACAAGCACUUAGCCCACUUUAUCCUUGAACCUUUUCCUCCGAUGGGUUUUACGGAUAUAAAUUUCUGGAACCGAGGUGCAUUCAGCCUACUAUCUUAAAUCCACAGAGAUGAUGAUCUUAACUGUUUCUGGACGAUGGGAUAGACAAUGAGCGGAAAAUAAGGCCUCAGUCGGACAUGAAGUCUGGAACAAAUUCAUUCAAGUUGUACAGUUUAGAAGCGUUUCAUUUGAAAGUGGAAUCAAAAUGGAAGCAGGACAACAAUCUUCUCACAUGAUACUAUUCCAGACUACGCUAGGCUGAGUCCCACAGUUCACCGACUUGCACCGACCACUAAACUCCACUCGGAAAAAUCCUACUGUGCCUUAGCAGAUAACUUUCAUAAUACAACUUUCCAC